UUCGUGCAACUUAUUUCCACGGUUCUCCUGCUAACGACCACUUGGAGCUCGAGUCCGGCCGCGACGUGCAGGAAAACGCAACGCCGUUGCGACGACGGCCGAUGCAUCGACGCCAGCAAAUUCUGCAACGGCGUCGAGGACUGCAAGGACGCCAGCGACGAGCGGCCAGGAUGCUCACCUUGUAAUACGACCCAUUAUGGUUACGUGGGCGUUACGUACGAAAUAGAGAUAAAGCGACCCUCGGAGAGCCGGUUGCCCUUUAUCUGCUACCUCAACUUUACGGCGGGCGGAGGCGCUCUCGGCGAACUCGUUCAGCUGAGCUUCGAGGCGUUUUCGGUGGGGACGUUCGAGUCCUUCACGUCCGGCGGGUGCCCCGACGGGGCCGUUUCCAUACAGGAAUCGAACCGGCCGAGCACCGGGGGCGAAUGGUGCGGCAGCGCCUGGGGCUACUCCGUCUACUACAGCGAAACCUCCAGCGUGAACCUCACUUUGAUUUUGAGCAAACUCAACCAGGAGCAGAACUCCGGAAACAAGUUCGAGUUCAAGCUCACCUACAAAUUCCUGAAAUUGAGCGAUGCACGGAUCCGAUACGGGAACUCCACGCAGCGAUCGUACAGGGGGAAGCUGAGCGCCGGGACGUUCUGCGACCGGUUGUUGGAGGGAUGCUCGCGGAGGACGUGUCGCAUCCAGUCCCCGAACUAUCCGGGGAUCUACCAGCGGAACGUCAGCUGUUCGUACAGGGUGAGGGAGAGGAACGUGCCGCAGGGGAAACAUGCACUUAUAGCAGUCAGACAAGCGAAUUUCCAUUACAAGGAGCACGUCGCCAAAUUCGAUGGCGGCGACAGGGGAUUUAGGACGCUGGACCAGUGCAAUAUGAUGCAGGAUUACAUAGAAAUAUUGGACGGAUGGGGCCCAUCGGCUAUAACCUUAGCGCAUUUGUGUAGCGGCGAAACUAUACCGCAAAUCAUCAGCAGCGGACCGGAGUUAUUGGUGAAAUUUCACACGUCCCCUUCGGGGAAUCCCUUCCAUCCCCUGCCCAUAUCUUAUUUACCCGGAUUCGAAUUGGAAGUAGAGGUAGUAUACGUGAACAAAGAAUCCCCGACUUACAUCGAGCAAGGUAAGAAGUGCGAGUUCCUGGUGACCUCCUUCGACAGGCCCUUCGGUUACCUGAAGAACCCGCUGCAAUCCCUGCCGCCCAACACGACCUGCCACUACCACUUCCGCGGCCAAUCGCGCGGCAUCAUCUGGAUAUCCUUCAUCAAAUACCACGUGAUCAACGAGCGCCCGGCCGACUUCGAGCAGGGCGAUUGCAACGUCGCCCUGCAGAUCUGGGACGGCGACGUCCGCAGCGCCGCGACGGUGCCGCUGAUGGGCCAGUUCUGCAAGGACGACAAGCCGCGCCUCUGCGACCACAGCCUGCUGAAGAACUCCUCGAGGAUAACGAGACCGUGCGGCCUGAGCGAGAGCUACGUCAGCACCAAUUCCGAUCUGACCAUAGCGCACACGGUGAAGUACGGCAGCGUGUUGUACCCGGUGAACUUCGUGCUGCGCUACGAGUUCGUGGAUCUGUCGCAGGAGGGCGUGCAGAUGAGCAAGAAUCCCUGCGAUCGGUUGUUCAGGACGCCCAACGGCCGGUUCUACUCGCCGAGAAUAACGUUCCUGUACGGCAGAGGCGGCAAGGAGGACUUGAGUUGCACGUACCAGUUCGAAUCGAGCGAUCAACAACGAUUGAAGAUCACGUUCAACAAGGCGCAGUUCGGCGCGAAGAGCCGCUGCGAGUCGCGCUACGAUCCCGACGCCGAUCGGCGGGUGUGCUAUAACAGGAACUCGGACUCCGCCUCGGCCUUCAUCCAGAUAGCGGAGUUUCCGUGGCCGGACGUCGAGCUGCGCCGCGACUGUCUCUGCGGCAACAUCACGGAGCCCUUCAGCGUGGUGACCAAGACGUCGGCGAAGGUGGUCGUGAAGUUCGUGGUGAGGAAAAUGUCCAUCACCGACGAUUACAACGACUACUUCUUCGACGCCAGCUUCGAGUUCGUGCCCAAUGACAGCAACUGCUUGAAUCCUUGGAACAAUAGGAGAUUGAAGGGCAGCAGCGGGGAGAUUACGAUCAGGAACGGGGAGAAUAGUUUGGAGAAGACCGACGAUGUUUUCAGCAAGAAUCAGAGCGUCAGGUAUUGUCUUCAACAACCUUGGUUGAUAGAACCCGAGGAGGACAGCAAUUUUAUUUACCUAAAAAUCAAAGGUACUAAGAAAAAGGAUUCCAGGCUAUGUCCCAGCAAAAACAGGAUAUUGGUGUAUCCCGCCGGUAAAACCGACACCGUCCACGUGAUUUGCCCGCAUUACGAACACCCCGAAGACGUCGUCGACAUGUUUUCGGAAGGUUGGGUGCUGUACAGCUACAGGAAAACGCACAGUAAAAACUCCAGGAGCUUCGUCGUGGAGUUCCUGCGCAAAGAGAGCGGCAACUUCGCCGUGACUUGGAUGGAAGUGUCCAAGAACCCGGCGCUUGCACUACCCACCUCCAUGUUAAUGAUAGCACCGCCGGAAUGCCCUCACAGCUGCCCGGAAUUGGGCGCCUGCAUCAGCUCCGAGUUGUGGUGCGACGGGCUGCGGCACUGCCCGUCGGGCAACGACGAGCAGGAGUCGAAUUGCUCGUCGAAGGGCGGCUUCCCGGCGGCCUAUCUGAACGCGCUGGCGCUGCCCGUGCUGGCGGUGACGGCGCUGCUGGCGGUCCUGAUGGCGGCCGCGUUCGCCUACAGGCACUGGCGGCAGGAGCAGAAGAACGUGAUGGUGUCCGUUACGGAACACACUUUUUUAGAGUUCAAAAGCGGAUUUUGUUGA